UGCCUGGCCGAACGAAAUCGAGAGCAAGAGAGACUCCAACGGGCUGCUACCAUCACGCCUGCAUCUAGUCCACUCCGAUCGCCCAUGCGCUGAACGCAGACCCGGCUGGCGACCAGCCUCGACAUGUCUUCCUACCAAUCCCUCCGCGAUCGCCAAGUGGCGUCGAUCGAGCGGAUCCUCAACCUCAACCAAGUCCCAGCAGACACCUCCGAUCUUACGAACGAUUCCUCGAACGCGAAUGGGCUGUCCUCGAAUUCCACCCCAAUCUUGAAUGCGGACGGAGAGCCGAUAUGGAAGGUCCUCGUAUUUGACAAUCUUGGACGAGAUGUGAUCAGUAGUGUGCUGCGGGUGAAUGAUUUAAGGAGCUGGGGAGUCACAAUACAUCUAAACAUAAAUGGCCAACGGCAUGCGAUUCCAGACGUGCCCGUGCUAUAUCUGGUCGAGCCCACAGCAGCGAAUCUGCAACACAUCACACAGGACCUCCAAAAAGGGUUAUACUCGCCGGCAUAUAUCAACUUCCUCUCCUCGAUACCGCGGCCUUUACUGGAAGACUUUGCAACACAGACGGCUCAAUCCGGUACUGCUGAGCAUAUCAGCCAAGUCUUCGACCAAUACUUGAACUUUAUCGUCAGCGAGCCGAAUCUUUUUAGCUUGGGCAUGGGCAAGGAGACAUACUGGACGAUGAACAGCGCGCAAACGAGCGAUGAGGACAUUGACACGAAUGUCGAUCGCAUUGUCAGCGGUCUUUUCAGUGUUGCGGUUACAAUGGGCACCAUCCCUAUCAUCCGAUGUCCGAAGAGCGGAGCUGCUGAGAUGAUUGCUGCCAAGUUGGAUCGAAAGCUGAGGGAUCACAUCCUCAAUGCCAAGGACAAUCUGUUCUCGGGUGCGCGGGCGGCGGCGGGCAACCCUUCAUCAAGACCAAUCUUGAUCAUCGUCGAUCGCAACGUGGAUCUCGUGCCCAUGCUCUCACACUCAUGGACCUAUCAAUCGUUGAUUCAUGACGUUCUAAGCAUGCACUUGAAUCGCAUCACAGUCGAGACACCGGCAGAUGAAAGCACACCAGGAAAAGGUAGCAUUAAGAAGUCGUACGAUCUCAACCAGAAUGACUUCUUCUGGGGAAAGAACGCCGGUGUUCCAUUCCCGCAAGUGGCCGAGGACAUCGACACGGAGUUGACUCGAUACAAAGAUGAUGCUGCGGAGAUCACGAAGAAGACCGGCGCAAACUCGAUCGAGGACUUGCAGAACGACACAAGUGCUUCAGCACAACACUUGAAAGCUGCCAUCACGCUACUCCCAGAGCUGCGCGAACGCAAGGCAUUGCUUGACAUGCAUAUGAAUAUUGCGACGGCGCUAUUGCAGGGCAUCAAGGACAGACAGCUUGACAACUUCUACCAAUUGGAAGAAGACAUCAAGAAGCAGACCAAAGCGCAAAUGCUUGAACUGCUAAAGGAUGCGGACAAGGGCAAGGAGCCUACUGACAAGCUGCGACUGUUCGUCAUCUGGUUCCUCAGCACUGAGACCGACCUCUCUCGCUCUGAUAUGGAGCAGUUUGAGGAAGCACUCAAGGCGUCGGGAGCUGACACAACACCUCUCACAUACAUCCGCCGGGUCCGUGAGAUUACACGGAUGACCAUGAUCUCUUCAGCGCCAACACAGCAGCCACAAGCCUCGUCAGCAUCGACCGAGCUGUUCCGCGGCUUCAGCUCGAUUUCCUCUCGCCUCACCGACCGCUUCAAGGACGCCGGACUCGGAGCCAACUUCGACAACCUCAUUUCCGGGGUCAAGAACUUUCUUCCAGCCAAUAAAGACCUCACCCUUACCAAAAUCACCGAAAGUCUCAUGGAUCCACAGAACGCAUCGACUAGCGCAUUGCAAAAGACGGAAGGCUUCCUCUACUUCGACCCUCGCUCUGCCAAUGCGCGUGGCACCAUGCCACCUACCGCGAAGGACGCCAGAUCUGGCACUCAGCAGUCAAGGGGUAUUGAUCCCUCUUUUGGACAGCGAAGGCAGGGUUUCAGUGAAGCUAUCGUUUUCACGGUGGGAGGUGGUAGCAUGGAUGAAUACGGCAAUCUGCAAGAUUGGGCGAAACGCACGACGGGUGCUGGCGGCGCGGCUGGUGCAGUGGGAAGGAAGAGAGUCGUGUAUGGAAGUACAGAGCUGGUGAAUGCCACCAGCUUUUUGCAGGAGUUGAGCAAGCUCGGGAAAGAGAGCGCGUAGAUGCGACAAUAGCUACAGAAAAUCCGUCUUCAAAAUCUUC